UUCGAUCAUUUUUCUGGAGUUGCACACAUGCAUAUGUAUUCAAAAUACACGCGAAGGAUUAUUAGGAUGUGACAUCAUUCAGUAGUGAUGGAUGAGGAAGAUGAUCACGUGUAAUUAGAUGAGGAAAGAAAGUGAAACCAGAUCUUGAAUUGGAUUCUGUGUUGAGUAAGCCUACCUUACCGUAGUCACGAUUAAACAGUAUUUAAGCAUGAGAUUAUUUUAUCUGUUACAACUACCUAAUUGUAACGGUCUCCUCUCAGAUUAGUUCGUUUGCAGUGUGUAGAAUAAAACGAAUUUAAUACGCAUUUAUUUGUAUCUAAGUAAGAAACUCAAAGUUUUAUGAGGUACAAAGUGUGUUUACAAGUGAGUCACAGCAAAAGAUGGCUCUUCAAUCCUAUUUAUCAAUUCGGUGUGUGUGGUAUAUUAUGACGAAGACAUUACUUGUCUGCGAGGAUACUUGUCAAGACAAAAUAAAAUUGUAAUCUUUGAAGCUAAUUAUAACCUAUAAAGUGGAGAGAGAGGCAACUGUUGCGACGUUCUCUUUCCUUAAAAUGCUUUCGUUCAUAUUUUUCAUGAUUCGAAAUGUUGCAUUGUUAUUGAUAACGACACUCGUAUUAUUUCUAAUUGUUUUGAAGAUAUCUAAAAACAUUCAAGACAAAUGGGGUGUUUUCCUUUUAGAGAGAGUACUUAAACCAAGAUUUGGAAAGUACAUUGUUUCAGAUGUAGAUAAAUUAUUUGCCGAUUUGAAGAUGAUAAAAUCAAAAGAUCCAGAGAGAUUAAAAGAGGAAAAAGUCAAAAUUUUGGAAAUUGGUGCCGGAGGUGGCUCAAAUUUUAAGUAUUAUCCGGAGAAUACGUCCUUAAUUUGUGUAGAACCUAAUAACAAUUUUCAGAAAUAUUUUCAAGAGAAUCAAAGCAAAUUUCCAAAUGUAAAAUUGGAUCUGUUUAUUUGUUCCGGAGCAGAAGACAUGAAGGAAAUAGAAGACGAUAGUGUGGAUGUAGUCGUAUCCACUCACGUACUUUGUAGUGUUAACGAUGUGCAGAAAGUCUUACAAGAAGUGAAGCGAGUUUUAAUAAAGGGAAGCCGAUAUUAUUAUUUGGACCAUCAAAUUCCUCCAAACACAAAUUUUACUGUAACCGCUUCAAAAAUUGUCGAGCCAGUUUGGAAGAUACUUACAGGAAAUUGUCACCUGACUAGAGACGUUGGAAAAGAAGUGGAACGAGCUGGAUUCGAAGAAGUAUCACAAUAUUAUAAAUAUAUUGAUAAAUUUCCAUUUAUUGUAAGCUAUCAUGUUUUUGGAUAUGCAACAAAAUAAAGAAUGAAAUCCAUUUUCUUCAAUUUAAAA